ACCCCUUUCCUUCUCUCCCUCCCCCUCCUUCCGCAGCUGGAACUGGCCACCGCCAAGAGCGACAUGAACCGCCACCUCCACGAGUACAUGGAAAUGUGCAGCAUGAAACGGGGCCUGGACGUUCAGAUGGAGACCUGCCGGCGGUUGAUCAAAGGCUCUGCGGAAAGAAAUUCCCCCUCGCCCAGCUCCCUCGCCAGCAGCGACUCGGGCAACACGGACGAGAUCCCGGACGACUUUGACAGAGAAGCAGACGUGGAGCCCAUGGUCAGCUGAUGAACACCCAGAGCAUUGGGGCGCAGGGCUUGGGGGGAGGGGCUCGGUUUGGCGGGACGGGGGAGAACCAGAAAACUUUGGGAGAAAAACAAACGAACAAACAAAAAAAACCUGGACAAAAGUUGAAACCUUUUGCAGCACGGUGGGGGGAAUCCAGGACCUUCCAAGCGUCCUCCGCCGGCAUUCCCGGAGGGCCUCGGCCUCCCGCGUCAUCUCAGGAUUGGUGCUGUGAAAACUUUCGUACUCUUCCCUCGGACGACAAAUGUGACGAAAAAAAACAAACAACAAC